UGCAUGUGCAAUGACAAUAAAGUUGAAUUCUAUUCUAUUCUAUUUUAAAUUACAGACUAAUAAAAUACUAGAAUUUCAUGUACAAAAACCAAAAUCCAAACUUCUAUGGCAGGCAGAACCACACAACAAGGCAUUAUUUAUCAGAUAAUUCCUUUAAAAAUGCUUGAAUAGGUACCAACAUCACCAAAAUAAUGAUAGCUAGCAAACCUAGCUAUCAGUUAGUGCUGCCUGUGUUGGUACACAUGCUAGCUUUUAGUCUUAGCAAAAUCCAAAUGUUACAGAAAAAAAAAAUCACCCACCUCUUCUUCAUAGAGCGCUAAAUCAUUGUGGUACCUGGUUGUAAAAAUGUUUUUCUGUAAGUUAGUUGUUAAACUACUUCAUAUCGCUGAGUCACCAGUGAUGCUGACAAAUGGGAGUUUUUGCCUGCCUGGCAUAAAACCUGGGCUCAUUAUUGAUGUUUGUGCCUAACCAAAUAACCUGUAGUUAAAUGAUCUAGAAACUGUCAUACUCUUUCAAUGACAUAAUUUUGAUCACAACUCUUCAGAUCCUUGUUUGCUUCAGUGUUUCCUUUGCCCUUCUCAUCCUCCUCACCACAUCUAUUCAACCCACUGUCUUCCUUUCAUGUUCCCUCUUCAGCUCACCACCUCUGUUUCCCACCCAGAGGAAAUCAGAAAUGUGGGUGAUGCAUAGGUAGCGACAUUUACCGUACACGGUGAUUUAUGUCCUCUCCAUAUCCUCCUGCCCUCUUCCCAUUUCCUCCGCCCCUCUCUACCUUCCUUUAGUCCUAUUUUCUUUCUUCUGCUGUCAUCUUCGCACAAUCCCCAUGAUUUUUUUAGUACAGGUUUUAGUUUUUGUCUGUUUGCAUUUUUUUUCGUACUCUUUGAAUGUCAAAUGUAAUCAGAUAAAUAAAGUGAUAAAUGAGCAUAAUAUAACAAUGCAAUGUUUCCAGACACAUUAUCACAACAUACAUGAAAUAUUCCAAUAGAUAUGUGUGUAAGGGCUGUCGGGCUAGCCUUCAUCUCUCCUUCGCCCUGGUAAAUACUGCACAACUAAAAGCUGAGGGGAGCUCAUAACUCAAGUCCACUACAACAACCACUGAAUACAAAUCAGGAGUGUAGCAGCCAGCUUGAAUAAUGACACCUGUGUGUGUGUGCUCCUGUGUUGGGGUGAUUGGAGGUUUAUUGCUGGUCACACUUUAACCCUCUCUUCCUGUACUGUGGCAGCUUCAUUUGUGUGUACAGGGAUGGAAAGAUCAACCUUAGAAGACUCAGUCGACUGCAAACCUUACACUUUCUAUCUGCUGAUAAUCACUAAACGCUGAAUCAUAAGACAAGGCAGGUGUCAUUUAAAGUCCUGAUUGUGUUACUCUGUGGUAUAGAGUUCAGUUUUUGUCCACAGACUAUUUAUUGAAAAAAUACAGAUCCACUGGCUGGAUGCUGGGCUCUAUGUAGUUUAUAUGUCACACACCACUGUGCUGCUGUAAAUAUUUACUACUUCAGCAAACGUAUGUUUAUCUGACUGAAAAUAGACUCCAACGAAAGCUCUGUUUACUCCAGCUUGAUUAUCUCUGCUACAAUCUACUGCUAAAACAUGAAUGUUUUGUAUCUGUACCUCAAAGGGAGCCUAUCAUGAUCAUUUUGAGCCUCGUGUUCUUGUUGUUGUUCUCUGCUAGCAUAGCUUUGUGUCAUUCACAUUUCAGAGUCAUCCUUAUUUAUCCUGGACUGGACUUUGGAGCGGCUCCUUAGUUAAUUCACUGUCUAAAACAAUCCAUUUUUAAGUCCAUUGCUCCACCCUUUGAGCUAGCUGUCUUCUAAUUGGUUACUUUUUGUUAAACAGAAGUUUUAAACAGAAAGUGGGUGGGGCUUCUGUGCUGACAUCAUACAGAGCCAUGAGUGCAAAAAAAUGCCUGAAAGAAAGCAUUUAGAGACUCAGAUCUGAUUUUUGGCUAAAAGCACUUACUUGCGCGUACAUUGAGCCUGGUCCUGCAGGAGGUUUCUUCCUGUUAAAAAGGAUUUUUUUCCUUCCCACUUUCACCAAGUCCUUGCUCAUAGGGGGUCCUCUGAUUACUGGGAUUAUCUUUCUAAUAUUGGAAGGUCUUAACGUUACAAUGUAAAGUGCCUUGUAAAGCCACACACAACCAGUGGAAAACAUUACUUCUACAUGCCACUGUCACCUGGUGUCCCCCCCUCUUUUUUUCUAAUGAGCCCAGUGUUAAUGUAGUGAACCAUACACCCAGUAAUAAACAAAAGCAGUUUUGAAACCCAGCCAGGCAUGAAGUGGAAACCCUGUACCUCGUUGUGGUCCAGUGGCCCAUGUGCUCACCUGAUACGGAUUUUGAGGUUGUGACAAAAGCAAUACAGCUAUCACUCCUUAGUCUCUCCCUUUUUCUCUGUGUUGUUCUCUUCUCCUCAUUUCUGCGGUGUGCAGCAAAUGAGAGGGUGAGCCGAGGAUGUGUGAUGAACCACUAUGAAAUUGUAAAAUUUUCCAUCAAGGGUGUUUAUUUCUGUGUGUUAGCAUCCAUGUUUGGGCUUGGUCAGCUCACUGGGAGUCAUAUUUUAUAUUCAGCUGCUUUUCUUUUGCCACUAUCAAUGCAAAGUGGCCAUGUGUAUCUGCUGUAAACAUCCUCAUCGAAUGACCUGCUUUUUUUGCAGUCUCAUACUUGCAGUCCAAGCAGAAUCAGAGCUGAUAUAGCACUCUCUAGUGGAGCAAGACGCUAUAUGGGUGUGUUACAUGUUUACCAGAAACCAUAAAAAGCUUAUGUCUGUGUGCUGCUCUGAGAGAUAAGGUAGCUGUGUAUAGUAACAUUGUUAUGCUUGCAGGUUGUAAAGUAGGUCAGUUUCGAAGUUUUUAAUAAUGUAUUGUCUGUUUUGUUUAUUUUCAUAUUUGAAGUGAUUUUUUUUAUUACAAACGGGCGACUUUGGAUAAAGAGUAGAGUUAAUUAAUCUCAUUAGUUUGGAUUUAAAGAUGCGCUACAGUUGUAAUACACAUGCAUUUCAUUUAAUUGUGAUUAGGACUAAUCUAUCUGCUCAGAUUAUAGAUUUUACACACAAUAUCUAUGAAAAUAGAGGCUCUAAUGAUAGUUUGGGAAUUGAAGGAGUCAGUAUUUAUUAUUUAUUUUGUUCCCGACCUAAAACCCUGUGUAGUUUGAAAGCCUUGUGCACUUCUAGGAUAAAAAAGAAAAUAAUAUUGGCCAGGACUAGAACUAAUAAUUGUUUUCCUCUUAAACAAUCAGUUGUUACAUCACUAAACAAAGCUGCUAAUGUAGCAGCUAACUGCCCAACUUAGUUUCCUUCCCUGAUAAUGUUAUCAGUAGUUAAAUGUUAUUUAAAGACAUAUUGUAAUUCAGUGUUUCUGCCACUUUGGAGUUUGUGUUGGAAUUGUUUGUUGAUGUUAGUGGUCAGUACUGUUUCUAAGCUCACUGAUUAAUAUUAUUCAUUUCCAAUUUAAAUUAACAAUGUAUUCAUGUAUUUUGUGUUAAAUACAUAAAAAAGCUGAAUCAACUUUUUGGGAUUUCUUUACCUGAAUGAUUGAGCAUGCAUCAAGACACAUGAAAAAUGCUUCACGUGGUUACACAGAGAAACUUUGAAUGUGUGGUUUUAUUUGAUCAGCGGUCAAACAUCUGUAAAUAACAACCCUAUAGGAAGGUUUAUUAUGACAAAUGAGUGUGAGAAGAGAUCUUAAAAACCAUAAAAUAUUGAAUUUAAAUAUAUGAGUUUUAAAAAAUGGGAUGUUCAAAUAAACAAAUAGACAUUUUUCUUCCAAACUGCACACACUUUACCUUUUCAGCAGAUCACACACCUGGCUGGAGCUCUGAUACAAGAUGCAAAUCAGAAGGCUAAAGGAAAAUAACAUCCCAAGUCAUUAUCGUUAUUUUAAAUGUGACUGUUGCUAAUGAAGCAUGGGCUGUAUUUUUGUGCCUGUGACCUUUUAACAAGCAGGUUUUGUUGGCUGUCUGAGCUCUGAUUAUUCUUUCACAGACUAUUUGACCUGCAAACAAGCCCAACAGUCUGGCACUGGUGAUUUAUGAUAUUAUCUUUAGACUCACAAAGACAAGGCUGUAAAACAACCUCUGAUUGUCCCCUAAAAGGCACACCAGUUGAUUUAAAAGUGCUGAAGGAAGUAGGCUACGUAGCACUUUACAAGUAAAUAUUUGGCUUUUUUUUUCCAUCUUUUGACCUGACACCUUGAACUGAUUUGGAAACCUGCGUUAGAAAGGCUUUAGUGUCCGUUAGUUUCUGUUUUGUUUAGCUUAUGCAGUGGAAUGGUUUGUUGUGUGUACUAAAGGCCCUCGCUCCCCUCUGCCCUCUCCACCAGGACCAGAUGGUGUCUCUUUAGGCAUUCUAAUGAAUAUUGAUAUGAGGGGUCUUAGUUAACAAGAGGGGGGAGGGUGCAUAUGUUGGGCCAGGGACCCCCAAAACUGGCAUGUAGUAAAGGUCUGUGGUGAGGGGAGUGGGUGUGCAGGGGAUUUAUAUCUGAAGAAAAGGAACGUUUGCGACUUGCAACAAAGCUCCUUUCUCAUGCCCGUAAGCUCUCUCUUGUCUCAUAUUGGUAAGAUAUUAAUAUGGAUUAGACAGUGAUGAGACUGAAUUAGUUGCCUGGCGAUGUCAUCCAGACACUUGAAGAUGAGAUGCAGAGCAAAGAUGUGGUGCAAAGUGUGAUAUGGCAUAAAUGGGUAAGACAGAGAGAUGACAAAGGUGAGGCAAGUGGGAGCAUGAGGUGAGGAGAUGGACAGGUUAAUCUGGUGGCAGAGUUAAUCCUCUGGCACGGCUCCCAGGUCUAAAGCUCCUGAACGCCUCUGUAUAUUCCAGCCUGGGCUCACCACACUGAGGUUGAACCACUGCCAGCACCCCGGGCUGGGCAGUCUGACCCUGGGGCACUGGGGUGCAGAUUUCUUUACGGGAGAAGCUCCACUUUUAUUUUACCAGUGCCAGGAUUCCUGUAUGUGGAGGGAUAGCAAGUGAAUGAUUGAAGGUAAUUGCAUUACUACCCUCCAGCUGGUGCAAGCCAGCUGUAGCCCCCUGCUGUGACCCUGUUAUUGUAGAAAAACACCCAUUCAGGGGGCAAGAGAAUCAAAGUGCUGCAUCUUCACCAGCAGGAAAGCAAUCCCGGGAUGCAGUACUGAUCGUUUGUUUGGCACCGAAUCCACAUUAACUGAGUUGUCCUGAAGCCGUGUUAUAUUUCAUACCCUCUGCAGUUUGUCAGGAAACAUUAGCAGGAACUCAUCCGCAGACAGAUGAUGAACUGAGGCGCUGUCAGCUAUUUAUAACUCAAAUUAGACCUUUGUUAGAUAUAAGGCUAAAGGGGCAGGCAGGAAGAAGGAAGAACUAUAGAAAGAUGUAAAGGAGUUGAGAUUGGCAGAGACAGGCAGGGGAGUGAGGGUACUGGGAAAAAAGUGAUGGAGGGAGACAUAAGAGAAUAAAACUGGAACGGCAUAGCUUUUCAUCGUGAGGACACAACCUUCACUGUCAAAUGCAGCCCCUGUAGCCCUUAGAUAAUGAGACACAGUGUCAGACACAUGCAUACUGCUGAAGGCUUCCAGUAGGGAUGUAGAAGCUCCACAACUUCAGAUUAUAUCAGUGACCAAGCGGGUAGUUUUAGAAUCUAUGGUAGAAUAUGCAGAAAUUAGCUCUCUUAUAUUGGAACAUUUUUCAUGGGUAGCUUUGUUUUAAUUAGCAUAAGGAAGCUUUAACUGGGUUUGCACUGGUGGAGUGUGUGCACAAAGCUCCACACGUGUCUGUCUAUACUGAGUGAAGUGGGGGGCUGGUCGCCUCCUGAAAGCCAAACUUUGACAGCCGUCUUGCUGGCGGGAGGGGUUCAUCAUUUGACAAUGGGGAGGGAAUAGCAAUGGAGGGAGCCUGUGUGAGCAAAACAGACAUGAGAGAGAAAGAGCAGCGGGGGAAGGGAGGAGGGUAUCAGACUCGGGGAUAAGGCAGCUGGGCUGAAAGCAGAUCUCAUUGUGCGCUUGUCCUUCCCAAGUCCCUCCAAGUCUCUGCAGAAGCACCUGCGAUCACUGCUGUCGAGCUCUGCCUCCUCAGUCGAGGCAUGCGGAUCUCAAUCGCAGGUCAAAUUGACAGAAGGACGACUUGUUAGACUCUGUUUUGCUUUGCUCUGGCGUUUUGAGUGUGGGUUUUGUUAUGGCACUGGUGUAGGCAUGGUUGUUUACUUGAGGAAGAGCAUCCACUCUCUGCUGUCCAUCUUCAAGAAAAAGGCUGGUCCCAAGGUGAAUGAAGACCAGAAGAGGCUGACAGUCCAUUAUACAGCCUCGCGGCACUACCAGGAGAAUGUUUUCAUUGAGGGUAGCAGGCCUCAGUACUUGGAAGACCUGCACACUGAAGCUCAAGAGGGACUCAAGAUACAACAGCAGGAAGAACACAAGAAUGGAGGGAACUUUCCUGACAGUGAAAGCAUUGCUUCCACAGACACUCUUCAUCUGGAGGAUAUCAAUUCCAAGGAUGGAGAUGCAUCUCCAGAGUCAAGAGACAACUCUGGGAAUACUGAUAGCACAGUAACCUUUGCUGCGAUGACUAGACCUGCACUUACCCGCCAAGGUUCUACAUUCAAGCCCCUGAAUCCAAUCAAAAGACAAGAUAAGAGCAAGAAGAAGACCAGGAGAACCACCAUCAUGGGUAUUCCCAACCAGGUCCAGAAAGAACUUGGCCUAAACAGAAACUCCACCUUUCAGCCGCUUGUUUCUACUGAGGUCUCUGUCAACACACAGAUCAGUAACAGCCAAUCAUCAGGUGUCAUCACCAUUUCUACAGAUGAUGGGACUCCAGUCGCAAAUAAGUUGGGAGCAAGGGUACAUGUUUCAGAGCUGGAGCAGGCAUUCAGAGGUGAAGAGCUGGUGAGGAAGCAUCUCCAGGACCACCAGGACUUUGGUUCCCAUCUCUUUCCCACCUCCAACCUAAGACCCAAGUCUCUUGCAGUACCUGGCAUGACAACAUCCACCUCUUUAUCUCCUUCAAUGUUUAAUUUCCUCCAGGAACCCCAGGGGCCAGUGAUGUCUAUCUCUCCACAGGCCACUUACUUGUCUACAAUCAUUCCUAAUGCUAUAAUGCCAGCAUCGAUUGAAUUCAUUGAGAUUGACCGCAGUACCAGCCGGACUCGUGGCAGCAGUGUCAACCAUGGCAGCAGUGUCAACCAUGGCAGCAGUGUUCGCACUGUAAGCAAAAGCAGCCUGGCAUCUGGGGACUCGGCAGUCAGCCCCUUGCUAUCCAGAAGAUCAGAUGGUGACACUUCCCAGACAAACCAUUAUCACAAUGACUCCACACUGGCCACAUCAGCUUCAGGGUCAAACUGGAGUGAGUCAAAGUCUUCUGAGACCAUUAUUUCAAACUCAUCCCCACUGUCCUCCAAGGGUAGCACACAAAGCAGUAACUCUUCACAGAGAGUAUGUCUAAAUGGGCAAACCAAACAAACUGCUGGGGAUCAGGACCUUGUUAGUUUCCGUAGCUCUGUUCAUGCGAUUAGCAGCCCUAGCGGUAAAGGUGAAAACCUUGUUACAAGACCAGCAACAGAAUCUGGUGAAUCGGUGGCAGUGGCUGCUGGAGAAGAAGCAAAGAAUAAAAAGAAACGUAGCCUUUCAGUUAUGAAGACCAAGCAACCUCCAGCACCACCACGUAGAUCAAACUCUCUGCACAGUAAUAAGAUUAGAGGUAACUCCAGGGUGGUUAUUGUGGAUAACAAAAGUCUUAAUGACUCUGCUUCUGGGGAGGUGACAUUUACUAGAGAGAAUAUUGUACCAGAGGAUGAGACAAAGUUGGUUUCUACAAAUAGCACUAAGAUACCCGAAGAUGUAUCAAACUUCCUUAGGUCAAGCUCUCCAGAUUCUUCCACCAAUCCUCUGAGUUCUGCUAAGGCAUCUUCAAAUGAAGAUGGGCUAUCUCCAGAAUCUAGUUCCUCCCCACAGAAAGUUCCACCAGAGGAUGGGAAAUUUGAACGGACCAUUUCUCCAUCUAGUGGUUAUUCUAGUCAGAGUGGCACGCCAACGCUUUCUCCAAAAGGGAUCUCCCCAACCUCUCCAGACAAGCAGAAGAAGAAACCAGUCAAGCCGGAAAGAUCAGCGUCGCGAGCCUCAUCCUCAGCAGCAUCUCCUUCAUCCUCAGUUACGUCUUUAUCAUCUGGAACAUCUGAGCUUGCCAAUACAGAAGUUUCUGUGUGUAGCUCAAAUCAGCCUCCACAGGGAUCUUCACCAACUGUUGCUACAAAAGACCUUGCACUGAAGAACAAUACCUCAACUUUUAGAGAGGAAGUAAAUGAGCUAUUGAACAUCCCACCACCUCCUAAAGUCAAAGCACCAUGUCCUCCUCCUCCAGAGACAUGGGUCCACAGCAGACGCACCUUUGAGCUCCUCUGUGGGCCUUGCCCUAAUGUUAAACAAAAAGCAGCACAAGUACAGGAAAGCACAAGUAACGACACAGGAACCCAGACUGAAACUAGGAAAGAGAUGCAGGUUUUGGAUCAAAUUCAAACAGCUACAGACAAACCUAUCAUAGAACUUUCCAAAACUCAAGCAAAGCCUGAGUUACUAUCAACAAUGCAUCCUGACAGAGUUCAUGUGGUGCAGGAGGGUAAGGAAUAUCCAGAACAAGAAACAUCUUUCGUCCAGGACAAAAGAAAAGCAAGCGUAGAUGUUCAGCAGCAAGAACAGAGUAGUAGCUUUGUAAUGAAGGAGCCAGAGAGUCAAGGGACAACUCCAAAGAAAGAUCCCCCUCCUGUCAUGAAGAAACCCAUGACACUACUGCACAAAGGGGAAAUGGUCUUGGCGGAGAAGUCAGUGGAGAAAGAGAACAAUGUAACGAGUGGCACAGCAGAGGUCACUGUAUCUGUGGAGAACUACACGUCUUUAGAGAAAGGUGUGACAGCUUUAUUUGACGAGAGCAAGGCUGAGACGGACAGAAGUGAAGUCCAGUCCAUGCAAACACUUUCAAUAGAGGUCCCCAGAAUCAAUAAGUUUUCUCCGCCACCUACCCCUCCCCCAGCAUACCACCCGACACCGCCUCUAUCAAGGAAAACACCUCCCUCAGCAGUAUCUACACCUCCAAAUGAUUUACAAAGGGUACAGGAGGAGAUCCACAUUGUAGAGUCCUCCUGGCCACCUCCACCACCUCCUUUGGAAGGGGACUCUGUAUUUGAUGGAGUGGAUGAGGUUGACUUUCCUCCACCUCCUCCUCCAUCCAUCAUAACCGAGAGUGCACCAGAUGUGAUGGCUGGUUGCGUCACAGAGUUGGGCAACCCUAAUGUGCAGACUGUACAGAGUUCAGAUUUGCACCCAACUGUUCCACAACCAGUUAUAAACGACACAGAACCAGUGAUUGACGUGCAGGUUCCAAAAUCUAUAGCUUUUGAGGAGAUUUCUUCAUCUGCUUUAGAGACUGUAUUGCCUCCACCAGUGGAAUCGCCUCUUAUACCAAGUAUGAAAAGAGCAGAAAGCCCAGUACCAAACACAGCUGUAGAUCCUCCCGACAGUUUCCAGAAGCGAGGUUCUCUGCAAAUUGAAGAUCCCCCUGUGUCCAUCAGUACUCAGUUUUCAGCUCUGAUUGUGCCUGUAGCACCUCCUCUACCGUCAGAUAAUUUAACUCAUGGAGUUAAUUUCAGAAGACAUUCCAGCCUAGCAAAUCGAGAUGCCAGGACCAAGGAGCUCCUCUCCCGCCACAAAAGUGUUCCCAUUCCCAAAGAGGAUGCUAACAUACCUCUUGUCACCCCUUCCCUGCUUCAAAUGGUUCGCCUGAGAUCAGUCAACAUGACCGAAGAUCAGGUGCAAAGUCCGCCAGAGGACAAGUCCACAAAUGAGGAGGCACCAGUUAAGGAUAAUUCCCCAGUUUCUAUCCAAGGAUCUCAAAACAUUCCUCAAAAACCCAUCCGCAAGUCUUUGUCACUGAAAUCUCCCCCUCAGGCCAUUAAAUCAUCCUCUGUGACAAUGACCAGUCCUUCAAUGCGCUUACAGGAAGCCAUACGAAUGAAAACUGCAGCAAUGUCUUCAAGAGAUGGUCUGCCCUCCAAACUGGGUGUGAAAUCAUCAACAUACAGCUGCGUCAGUGACCCAGGAGCUUUUUCACGGAAAUCACACGAAGGGUAUGACAUGCACAAGUCUCCAGCUUCUACUGCUAGCUUUAUCUUCUCUAGGAGCACAAAAAAGGUUGUCAUAGAGACUGCCUCAUCCCCUGACGCUCAGGCAAAUCUAAAGCAAAGCUUGGCAGCUGAGCUCAUGCAAGUGUCCGAUCAAUCCAAGGCUUCUGUGUUUACAUUUGAUGGAGUGAAGUGCGAUAAAGUUCCUCCACCUGUAGCCAAGAAGCCGACGCAAAGCAGCAUCAACUCUUCACCGAGUCUUCCGAAUUCUUUGUCAAAGAUGGAGGUCAAUGUCAAAGGGAAUGGAGCAGUAGUAGGAGGAGAACAUAGGAGUGGAAUAAACCUGUCUGAAACAACAACAACCAGAGUAACAGCGGACACAAUUGAAACACUGUUCUGAAAGACUUCUUUGGUGAUUAAACAAGAACCAGGCUGAUACCAGAGGAACAGAAAAAGGACAACUCACAAGAGAGACUGACUGACAUUAAGAGACAUUAACUAAGUGUUUGUGUGCAUUUCCUCCAAAAAGCCUUAGCCUGUAUUGGCCUUCCUUAAUAUUUAUGCAAAAAAAAAAAAAAGUAU